AAGCAAAUAAAAACUACUCCUAGUAAGAUCGACAGAGACAUCAAAAUAGAUUCAUGUAUCUCCACUCAUAAGUCAAACCACCCAAAAAAAUUGUCUUCUCAAACACAUAGUAGUAGUAGUAAAUCUUAGCAUAGCAGCCUUUCUAGUUUCAACGAGUACAUACGUAUUACGUACUGUGUCUCUGUCUGCAGCAUUAUUAUUUCUUCCUUUUUGGCUUUGUCUUUUUUUUAUCAACAAACAAAACAUCAUCGUUGAAAAAACAUAACAAUAUCUUAUCAUUCUCCACCACCACCACUAAUAUUCAUCUUCAUAAUUAACACUCUCCUUAAUCUCAUUCAUUAAUCUCAUUAAUUAAUCACAAUGAUUAUCAAAACCUUCAUCUUCAUCCUCUUCUUAACAACUUUCCCUCUCUUUUCCAUCUCCGCCACAUGUCCUCUCAACUUCACCAUCCUAACCACCCUCAACACCGCCGCCGCCACAACACCACCAUCUUCCUUCACUUCAACACCAUGUCAGUUCGUCCACCAAGCUCUCCGCCUUGUUCAAUCCGACUACCUCAUCCGUACCGACUCUUUCCUCCCUCCCUUAAACUCCUCCAUCCCAUGCUGGAACUCUUUUCAAUCUUACAUAAACCAAUUUGCUCCAAAUUUCAACAUUCGUUCUUCUUGUGGCUUUCAAACAAAUUGGAUCUCACAAGGUUGUGUCAACGUUACAACAAGACAACAAUUUGAAUCAAUAGUUCCAAAAUCAGCAAUUCUAAAUAUGCAAUUAAAUUGUAAUCAAUCUAUUCAAGAUAAUUCUCCUUGUGCUCUUUGUACUACUAGUUUAUCUGGUUUACCUUCUCUUGGUCAAUCUAUUGGUAAUCUUUCUGAGUGUACUGGUUAUCCUUCAAUCUAUGCUGCUGCUUUUGCUAAUCAAUUUGGACCUUCUGAUCCUGGUACUGCUAAGUGUUUAUUUGCACUUGAUUUUACUUCUGGUGCUUCUUCUGGUAAUAAGAAAAAAGUUGUUAUUAUUGUUGUUGUUUGUGUUGUUUCUGUUUUGGUUUUGUUGUUGGUAGUUAUUGGUUUUUGGGUUUAUUGGAAAUUUAAUGAUAAGGCAAUUGGGGAUGGUAAGGAUUAUGGUGCUAAUAUCGGUGAGGCGGGUUCGGUUUCUGGGUUGGAUUCAAUGCAGCAAAGUACUACUUUGAUUAGGUUUAGUAUUGAUGAUAUUAAGAAGGCGACCAAGAAUUUUCAUAGAGAUAAUAUAAUUGGGAAAGGGGGUUAUGGAAAUGUGUAUAAAGGUUUGUUGAAUGAUGGAAGUGAAGUUGCUUUUAAGAGGUUUAAGAAUUGUUCUGCUGCUGGUGAUACUAGUUUUACUCAUGAGGUUGAAGUUAUUGCUAGUGUUAGGCAUGUGAAUCUUGUUGCUUUGAGAGGCUAUUGUAGUGCGACGACUCGUUUAGAGGGUUAUCAGAGGAUUAUUGUUUGUGAUUUGAUGAAAAAUGGGAGUCUUCAUGAUCAUUUGUUUGGUUCUGGAGGAACGAAACUUAGUUGGCCGGAUCGUCAGAAGAUUGCUCUUGGAACUGCUAGGGGAUUGGCUUAUUUGCAUUAUGGAGCUCAACCUGCUAUUAUUCAUAGGGAUAUUAAAGCAAAUAAUAUACUUUUGGAUGAUAAGUUUGAAGCUAAGGUUGCUGAUUUUGGACUUGCAAAGUUUAAUCCUGAGGGAAUGACUCAUAUGAGUACAAGGGUAGCUGGAACUAUGGGGUAUGUUGCUCCUGAGUAUGCUUUGUAUGGACAAUUGACAGAAAGGAGUGAUGUGUUUAGUUUUGGUGUUGUGCUUCUUGAGCUAUUGAGUGGAAGAAAAGCUCUUGAAACGAACGAUGAUGGACAACCUUCUGCUUUGACUGAUUGGGCUUGGUCAUUGGUUAGAACGGGAAAUGCGUUGGAUGUUAUUGAAGAUGGGAUGCCGGAACAAGGUUCAAAUCAAGUUCUUGAGAAGUAUGUGUUGAUUGCUGUUCUUUGUUCUCAUCCACAGUUAUAUGCUAGGCCAACAAUGGAUCAGGUUGUUAAAAUGAUGGAGACUGAGGAUGAAGUGCCUACGAUACCUGGACGGCCGAUUCCUCUUGUCGCUGGGAGGCUUGAUAUUGAGAGAUCUGCUAGCAGUUUUGGUGGCUCCGGUCAGCUCUCUAGUCCAACAGGUUAUCAAUCGUUCACGUUAGAAAUGGGAAGCGAACACCAUUCUUCUAAUCUUUCUAGGGAUGAAAAAAGCUCCACCUCUAGGAUGUUGAGUUUAGACUCGGAUCAAUGACGACAUGAUUUGUUUGUACAUUUAGAUUAUAGAUUGUAUGUUUAUUGAACCUGGCAUAGCAUUUUCUGUUAUAUAUAGUGUCAUAUCAAUUGUACAAAAUUUGAUUCUUUUUUUAGAUUUUACUUGGCGAGAAAGAGAGUAUGAUCAAGUUUUGCUGAUUUGAGAGUAUGAUUUGAGUGCAGGAGUCUUGUAUCACUUUCAGAAUCUUCUUAUGCAACAAGUGAUGUUUUCACUUCAAGCAAUUGUGUAUAUGAUUUUAGCCAAGUUCUGAUGGCGCUCGUACUUAUUCUAGUGGUAUGGUUUCAGUA